AUGAAACUGGCCAUUCUCUGUCUGCUGCUAGUCAGUGCCGUUCUGGUCCACAGCCAGGACCCAACGGAUCCAACCACAACCGUACAAGACACCACUCCGGCCCCAGUGGAGUCCACAACACCUGCCGAAGAAGUUGAAUCCACGACUGUUGAACCAGAAGAAUCUACCACUUCUGCUGAGGAAGAAUCGGAAACGACAACAGCUGAUCCAGAGCCAUCAACGACGACGACAACGAAAAGACCACCAAAGCCUCCACAUCACAAGCCACCGCACCAUCAUCAUCCGAAGCCACCUCAUGGACAUGGACACGGGCAUGGUCACCACGUGGGACAUCCGAGACCACCUCACUAUGGACGACCUCGUCCACCGUUUGCCAUCUCCGAUGUGCUCAUUGAAGCUACUGGCGAAGAGAAUUAG